CUACAGCGUGUCUUCUGCUCCGAGUUGCAGAGAGAGGGAAAACCCAGGGCACUAGAACUGGGCCUUUCCAGUGUAUUUUGCUAAUAAACUGACAGGCUGCAAUCCCGUUCCAGUUCAGUGACCUGCCUGGGCUGCCAGCUAGUCAGUUUGCCUACGGUACUACAGUAGUGAGAGGCUCUGAUGCCUGUGACUGUGGGCCCAUAUGGGCAAUCGCAGCCCAACUGCUUUGACAGAAUAAAAAUGGGUUUCAUGAUGGGCUUUGCAGUAGGCAUGGCAGCAGGAGCGCUGUUUGGCACGUUUUCCUGCCUCAGGAUUGGCAUGAGAGGACGAGAACUGAUGGGUGGAGUUGGCAAAACAAUGAUGCAAAGCGGUGGGACGUUUGGGACGUUCAUGGCUAUUGGUAUGGGAAUCCGCUGCUAACUUGGAGCUUGGGUUUUUUAACCUGAAGAGUCCUUGUCCAGCCGUUCUUCCUCUGUACUAUAAUAAAAUCUUUAGAUACCUGGAAUUUUGAGUGCUCCUCAUGUGAAAUUGUGAAGCAUUAUCCUACUUGCUUUGUUGAUUGUAAGCUUGCUUUUUACCAAAUGUUUUCCUCACUUCCCUUACUCCCAUAAAAGUGAGACCUCCUAAUAACCCUUUGUACUGUGUUACAGUUCAUAUUUCAUAGGCUAAGAAUAGUAAAUGCUUUUUCCCUUUGCUACUUGGGCAGCUCACCUUUCUGAUGUGUGGUUGUAAAUACCCCAGCUCUAGGGUGACUUUCCCUUACUGAAAGUACAGGAAAACCAACUCCCUAUUGGGGAUGUUAGGCAAGUCCUUUAACUUGCUGAGGGCAAACUACUGCUUUUGGGACUUCUUCCUCUGACAGGCUGGAAUCACAUGCCCCCAGCUGAGUAGGAAAGAACACAGAACAGUUGCAAAUGCAGUCAUAAGAUUUGGAAAUCAUUAAAUUGGUGGUAAGAGAAAAUAGUUCCUGUUGCAUGACAGCUGAAAGUGUUUGGUAUUUUGGGAGAAGUCACAAAGAUGACUCAGCAUUGUAAACAGAGGAGAUUUAACUUCAUUAUCAGACUGUGAGAAACAUUUGCUAUGCCUCCCAUCAAUACUAGCAUAGUCUGUGCUGUGGGGAAUCAGCUCUUCUGUAAGUUAGUAUCUUAAUGUAAUAGUAAGGAGAAGAGCGCAGCUGGAAUAUACUGCCUUUCGCAGUUCUGCCACACAGAAGGCCCGUACAGUUCUGUAGGGUGCAGCAAGAUAUGCUCCAACCUACAGCCCUUCCACAGAAGGAGAAAGGAAGUAUAGAGCAGUGCCAGUUGCUACUGCUGUCAGUAAGGGGAACUCAAAGCUGUUUUUUCCAUUUGCUUUACCAAGGAAGGGGGCAUCAUCUAUGAAAGCAAGCAGUGCUAUCAAACAACCUGUAUGCUGCAGGCAUGGUCUUUUUCUCCAACCUUCCUUCAUGGAUUUUAUAAACUGGUCAAAACCUCACAGAGAAAACAUGUUGUAUUGCUACUUACCAUCCACUAGCAGCUAUAGCAAUGCCUCUAGCAAACACUAUGCUACGUUCAGUGCUGCAGUCUCCUGUUACUUGCCUUCUGAAACAAACCUCAUCUUUGCUUCCAUCAUGUUGCAGUGGUCUGUGUUUCUGUUUAAAAGCAGCACAGGUUAGCCUGUGCUAGUCAGAAGUAUUAACUGAAGAAACUGAACCAGCACCUAUACAGCCUUUACAUGUUACAAGUACUGUUUACCCACUUUUAAAGAAGAAAUAUAAAUCUGCCACUAAAAGAC